AGGGUCCCUCUGUAGCCGUUUUGUCUCAAGGCUGGCCCCCCAAAGCGCCGCGCCGCCUCGCCUCCGAUCCUGGUUCGUUGGCGGCAGCCUGGCCUGGCCGGGCCAGCCGUCGCAUCCUUCGUUCUGCGCGCUGUGGCCCGCUGGCGAGAUGAUCAUCUACGAGAGCGGCAUCCGGAAGGUGUUUCGGCUCCACGGGAGCGUCUUCCCCCAGGCCCUGUGGAUGGCCCUCCCGGCAGGUGUCCUGUCCAGCCUGCUCACGUUCGCAAUCUACGACCUCGAGGUCCUCGGCCGCGGCUUUGACCCAGAGGCCGCCCUCAUGAAGAACAACGCCAUCUGGGGAGGCUUCAGCUUUCUGGUGGGUUUCCUGGUCGUGUUCCGAUCGUCAGUGGCGUACAGCCGCUUCUGGGAGGGCUGCACGCACAUCCACGACAUGGGUGCUAAGUGGUUUCGCGCUUGCAGCGCACUGGUAGCUUUUUGCAAGCACUGCUCCGCCGAGAAGAGGGACGAGAUGCGCAUGUUCCAGCAUCUUUUGGUCCGUCUCUUCAGCAUGCUGCACGCAGCUGCUCUCGGUGACAUCACAGACAGCUCUGAUCUGGAUGAUGUGUUGGAGGCAUACAAAACAUUGACGCUGACGCGAUCGACGAGCAAAGCAUUGUCGCAGUCAUGGAGUCGGAUGCCAAGGUGGAGCUCGUAUUCCAGUGGCUUCAGGGGCUCAUUGUCGAGAACAUUAACGUAGGUGUGUUGACCAUUCCCGCACCGAUUUUGACGCGCUCUUUCCAGGACCUGGGCGACGGCAAAGAGUCGUUCGAAGACGCGCUUAAGGUCUCCAUCGUACAAUUCCCAUUUCCGUACGCACAAACAUGCGACUGUAUGUUGCUCAUGCAUUGGCUCGCGGUGCCGUUUGUUGUCACUCAGUGGAUGUCGACAUGGUGGUUGGCUUUCUUUUUUGCGUUUGGUCAAGUCUUCACCCUGUAUACCCUCAAUCUAAUCGCUGAGGAGCUCGAGAACCCCUUUGGAUCUUACGCAAACGACUUGGACUCGGUACAGAUGCAGAGUGCAAUGAAUCAGCACCUACGAAUGCUUAUCAACAGCUCCACACAGAGACUGCCCUUGCUGCAGCCCGGCCUGGACCCUGACGAGCUCACCAUGAAAUUGGACAGUGGAGAAGGCGGUACGUCCUUCCACGACAUGUGGGCUGAGAUAUCGUACACACGAGGCGUCAGGGUCAAGCAUAGGUGCGCAUCCGUGAACCACAACGCCGCUCAGCCCGGCUCCGCGCUCCGGACUUGGGCGUCCUCACAGUCCUGGGCGUCCAGGCUGUCGUCUCGGCUUUGGCCCUCCGAAGCCUGCUCUUCGCUCCCGGUCGGUUGCGUGUCUGCUUCCUGCGUGUCCUCGCGCUCGAAGAGCACACUGUCUGUCAAGAGCAGGAGCGAUCCGGAGCUGGUCGGCGGUGCCGCGCAGCACUGCGCGUCCGACUCCCUCGCGUUGCCGCAACCCUUCGCAGAGCCCUCGCUGCAGUCCUGGCCGUCCCGCUCGGAAACAUUUCUGGAGUCGCCAAGGUCGCCGGUGCCGGAUGGACCAAUGCCCGUGUCGCCAAGGCCGCCUGACAAGCCUCCGCCUGUGGCAAGGAAGGUUGUGCCACGUCUGCCUCUGGACGCGCUGCCACAGCCGCUGGCGGAGCUGUAAGAGUGCAGGCGGCACACGUUGCAACAGGUGGGCUACAAACAAGGAAGCUGGAAAACGAAGCCAGGGACAGCCCAGCCACCUCUUCCAGCUCUGGCCGACGUCCCUCCAGCUUCUCCGGCACCGACGGGCGUGCCCCAUCAGCUUCGGGCUUGUUUGAGCUCCCGUUCGGUUUCCUCAGCCCUUGCCAAUUUCUUGUUUUUCGCCGAAAGAUCCAAAUCUCCACUCCGCUGGAUGUUCUGCUACAGUGAGCGGCUUGAACAAGGAACACCUACUUUUCAAAAGGGGCUCGGUCGUUCCCGAGGCCUGCCUGCGUUCUUCAUCGCUCCUCGUACGCCAUCGGUUACUCAUCCUUCCUCGUGCGCUAGUCCCUGGGAGAAAACAUGGGCUUCGCUCGGUGCUGUCUGUUCUGCGUCGAUCUCACACUGUUGGUCUGUGCUUAUCACCGGCUGGAAGCCGUUGGGGUGCGCACGCAGUCUGUGGAUGGACUCCAUGGCGGAGCUGUUGGCCGCAGCGCGGCCGCUUCGGUGACGGGAGCCCGGGCACGGCCGCGCGAGGAGGCAUCGGCCAUCGGCUGUGCGCGCCCCUCUCUCGCCCCCCCCCUCUCCCCCCUCUCCAAC